CGAACAUGGAGUCACAUAAGUUAAAGCAAAUGGUCAAGGCUGACACUAUGAAGGACAUCAGGAUGCUAUUCCAGGUCCAAUCUAGCCUAGAGGAAGUAAAGAAGCAGAUGAGACAGUUGAAUAAGGAAGUUGAAGAAGAAAGGACGCAAGGGAAGAAAUAAAAUUAAUAUUAAGCUAAAGCCGAAUAAUGUUAAUAAGAUGCUGAGGACAGGACAUGAUUCGGAGUUGAUGGAGAUGAAAUGGGGGGUUAGUCCGUCGAGGAUGAGGAAUAGAGAUGAUUUAAAGAAAAGAAAGUCUAAUUUCUUCUGGGAAAAUUAUAAAAAAGGAAAUCUUGCAGUCAAAGAUUAUAUCAAGAUUAAAAAUACCUACAUGUCAAAAAGCAUAAAAUCCUAAAAGAAAAUUAAGAAAACCAAAAGGGAGACCACCACUGA